AUGGCGGCUAAGAUGUUGACGAAAGCCGCUUUUUUGUUGUUGGCCGUCGCGGUUAUUCCGGUACCAUCUGAAUAUAUUGAACCCAAGUAUAUUGAAGAUUUGAUCGAAGAAGGAUCGCGACUAACCUCACUGACACCACGUAUCGUCUCGGGAUGGGAGGCUACACUGGGUCAACACCCCCACCAGGCACAGCUUCGUAUAGAGCGCGCUGAUGGACAAGCAACGAUCUGUGGAGGCAGCUUUGUGCAUCAUGAAUGGAUGAUCACUGCGGCGCAUUGUAGCGCUUUGAGUAUCAACAUGAUUGUCCGUGGUGGCACGAUUUCUAUCAGUGACCCCACACCAGAGUACCUCGCCCCAACGACCCAGUACUGGACUUUUCCCACAUUCGAUGCCUCAGACCGUCGUCGCGUUCAACCGAAUGACAUCAGUAUUGUGAAGCUGGAACAACCAAUUACUUACACAAGAAAUCUCCGACCAAUCCGCAUUCAACCAUCAGCGGAUGCUAAUAGAAACUAUGGAGCUCAAACAUUGCACGCUAGUGGAUUUGGCGCCACUUGGACUGGCGGUGCGGCAUCUCGGGAGCUCAGAUGGGUAUUCCUUCGAGGUGUAACAAAUGAUGACUGCAGGCUGAGGUUAAGUAGAACUCUGGUCACCGAGACCUCUAUUUGCGCACAAUGGUUCAACGUCACAUCGCAGUCUAUAUGUCAGGGCGACAGCGGUGGUCCACUGGUGUUUACCAACCCUGAAGGUGAAAGAAUCCUUAUCGGUGUAUCCUCUUUCGUGGCGGGUGCAAACUCUGGUGGAUGCCAUUCCGGAAUUCCUGCAGCUUUCAUACGUCCAGGAUUUUUCCACUGGUGGUUUACACAAAUUUCUGGUCUUGAUUUUGAAAAUCUACCUGAAGAAGAAGAUGAAACACCAACAACCACUACGACAACAACCACCACGACAACAACCACAACACCCUCACCUCCUACCACUUUACCACCCACAACAUUGCCACCCACCACUCUACCACCCACCACGUUACCACCCACCACGUUACCACCAACAACUUUGCCGCCUACCACCGUACCACCAACCACACCAGAACGAGAAGAUGGUAGUGAAGAAGAUGGUAGUGAUGAAGGCGAAGAUGAUAGCUCCGAAGAAGAUGAAGACCUAUCGCAGCUUCUGAAACACCUGCAAGUUAAAGUAAAAGUUAAGGUCAAGGUGAACCAGUUUAGAAAAAAAGUCAUCUCUAAAGUAAGAAAAACAUUGAACUAA